GGGAAUCAGAUUUCAUUAUAGAAACAGAUGACUCCAGUUUUCUUACGUGGAAAUAAACAACUGGAAAACAUGUUCAAAAAAAUCUUGGCAACUAUGCAGCUUUCUUUCAUUUUAAUUUAAAAGCUAAUUUUGCAUCAACUUCACUUUCACACAUUGUGAAAUCUAAUUUCUUAUUUUAAAUUGUUUCCAAAUUAUUAUAUUUGUGUGUAUAUAUAUACAGACAUCGAAAAACAAAGAUGUGCCGUGGCAGGAAUUUUACAGAGAGUUGGCAUAUAGCUAUGGCCACCCUUUGCAGGGUUCUUCUCCUCCUCCUCAUUUUUUCAGAUUCAUUUGUUAGCAUCCGUGGGGUCGGAGUGGGAAUCAACUACGGGCAGAUCGCCAACAAUCUCCCCGCCCCAUCACGCGUGGCCUUCCUCUUGAGCUCUCUCAACAUAAGCAGAGUGAAGCUCUACGACGCAGAUCCAACCGUGCUCUCAGCAUUCGCCAACACAGACGUGGAGUUUGUGAUCGGCCUAGGCAACGAGUACCUGCAGAAGAUAUCCGAUCAGGCCCAAGCUCAGGCCUGGGUCGAGCAGCACGUGAAGCCCUACACAUCCCAGACGAAGAUCAGGUGCAUCACCGUUGGGAACGAGGUCCUCACGGGCAACAACACGCAGCUCAUGUCGUACCUCCUCCCUGCUAUGCAGUCAGUGAAUGCUGCUGUCACCAAUCUGGGGCUAAGCAAGGAGAUAUACGUGACCACGGCCCACUCAUUCGCCAUCCUCAGCAGCUCGUUCCCGCCCUCUGCAGGUGCAUUCAGGCAGGACCUUGCAGAGUACAUCCAAAGCAUUCUCAAUUUCCACACACAGACUCACUCACCCUUCCUCAUAAAUGCUUACCCCUUCUUUGCUUAUAAGGACAGCCCUGACGAGAUCUCACUUAGCUACGCGCUCUUCCAGCCUAGCCAGGGAAUGGUAGACUCCAACACGAACUUGCACUAUGACAACAUGUUGUAUGCACAGAUUGAUGCUGUUUAUGCAGCCAUCAAGGCAAUGGGGCAUACUGAUAUUCAAGUUAAGGUAUCUGAGACGGGGUGGCCGUCUAAAGGGGAUGCAGACGAGGUAGGGGCUACCCCGGAGAAUGCUAGGUUGUACAACGGUAACUUGCUCAAACGGGUACAGCAGGAUCAAGGCACCCCAGGUAAGCCAUCAGUGCCAGUCGACAUCUAUGUGUUUGCGCUGUUUAAUGAGGAUUUGAAGCCCGGCCCUGUCUCUGAACGGAACUAUGGGCUGUUCUAUCCCGAUGGCACUCCUGUGUACAAUGUGGGACUCCAAGGCUAUCUUCCUCGUAUGGAAUAUUCGUGUUCGAAGAGAAAUGGGAUGCGUUUCUUGAACUUAUUGCUCGUUCCCGUUGCAUUAUUUCUGCGUUUUCUAUAGCAAGAACGAGCGUAUUGUGUUAUCUACAAGUCUGAAAAUGAUGGAGAGAACAAGGAAGCUUUCAAAAUCCUUUGCCUUGGAUAACUUCGCAGGUAAUGAGGUUUAUGUUGUUAUAUUAAAAUAGAUAUAAUUAUACAGUGUCUAAAAAUGUGGAUGAAAAUGAUGCAGUUGAUAAGAACAUGACUGAACCACAAUGAGUUUUUUUUUGAUGACCUAAAUGAUAAGAUAAGAUUGCUUGGCAUUAUUGUUUAGUAGAUAACAUAUAUAUGUUGAGCGGUCUCUGUCAAUUGUCAUUAGUAGUUGCAAUAAUGCAUAUUUGAAUCUUAGUGUGAUAGGUUCCUAUAUUUCACCACAAAAGUCCAUUUGAUGUUUGCAUCAAGAAAGAAGCCUCAAAUCAUAUUUCAUAAUGCUGCAUUUCUUUUGUUUGAUGUUUUGUCUCUAGUAGUGAUUCCCACCUUGGCUUGAGUUCACAUUGUGUGUGUUUUUAAAUCUCUUUAUCCUUUUUCUGCAAAUGGAAUAUGUUGCAUCAACUUGACUGUGGAGUAUCUUUGGAUGCUUUUCUUUUCAUCGUCACGACGUCGUGAGCCCGAGAGAAAGGCUAGCGUCGGAUCACGACGUGUGAUUCUCAGGAGUGCACAUUCAAUUAAUCCGGUCGAUUUUGCUCAGAAUAACCAAUUUCUCUGAAAAACCAGCUUAACCGGAUCAAAUCAGAUCCGGUGACCUAACAGAAUUAACUAACUGAACACUUAAAAAAAAAUAUUUUGAUUUGCUAAUAAAACUUGAUUAUUAUAUUGUUAUUAAUACUGUAUUAUGCAUAUAUUAUUUUUUGGUGUGUUCGGUCGGAAAAAUAACAAAUCGACUGAAUGUUUGGUUUUUGCAGGUGAAAAAUAUGAGCUGAAGAGAUUUUUGUCAGUACUACGCUAUAACAUUAUACACGAGAAUUGAAGAUUUGUAUACUAAAUAUGAUUCGGAUACACUUUGAUUUAACAGCUAAUUCAUUCAUAGAAACUGAGAAAUAAAAGUCAUCUUUGUGACUAAA